UUUUUUUUUUUUUGUAUUAAUAUGAAGUUAUUAAGUGUGAAGAUUUCAUUUAUUUUCGAUAAAGUUUCGUUAUAGAUAUAAUAUAAUAUAUAAAAAUUUUUUUUUUAAUACUUCAAAGGUAACUUAGGUUACUUAUCUUCAUUGCUAUAUAGACUGUGAUAGUAUAAUAGACUAUUUCAUAUACUAUAUUUUCCAAAUAGCUAUCCUUUUUUUCUUCUUUAGAACUAUUGCUUCUAACGAAAGUUUUUUAUUAAAAAGGAACCUUUUUAAAAAUUUAUUUUUUAUUGAAAAAGAAAACAAAAUGCGUAAAGCGUUUGCAUUUUUAACUUCUUCAUUAUCAAGUAUUAAUAAAUAUUCAAAAGAAGCGAAAACCUCUACACAAACUACUUCACCUAACAUACAAAAAGAAAAUAAUAAAUCACAAAUAAUUACAUCAAACAUUAAAGAUGACAAAAAUGAAAAUCUUAUAAAAAAAAAUAAUAAUGAUGUCAAUCCCUUAAACAAAAGAAAAAAAAAUAUUUCUAAUGAUUUAAAAAAACCUACUUUAAAAAAAUCACCACAAGAAAUAAAAAAAUUAGAAUCCACAAGGAAAACGUCAAGUAGAACUGACUCUUCAACUAUCGUAACUACGUUAAAACACUCAUCAUCAAAUCGUCGGAAAAAAUUAUCUGUAAUAAAAAAAAGCGAUGAUGGUGAUGGUGAAAGUGAGAAUGCGAGUGAUAGUAAUAUUGAUAACGAAGAGGAAGAUAAUGACGACGACAAUGUUCCAUUGGGAUUACGUUUUCACCAUUCUCGAUCUAUAAGCUCCAAUUAUCCACCUCUUCACGCGAAUUAUAUCAACCUAGACCUCGUCAUUUUAGAGAGCGAAAAUUUUCAUCUUCGGCUUCAUCAUCGUCAUCGGCGAGCGUUGAUAGUAAUGGCAGCAGAUAUUAUAGAAAAUAUAAUGCGAAUAUUACACGUUUCAAGUAGUGGUAGUGGUGGUCCACCUACGCCCACAAGUAGAAGAUCUAGCAUAAUGUUUAAUUCUAAUGUUUAUGGUAGUAGGCCAAGUACUCCUUCUUCCGUUGGUAGUGGUUUCCCUUGUACUAUUUAAAAUUUUUUUAUCCUUGUAAAUUAAAAAACCAUGUCAUCAAAAGGAAUAAAGAAAACCAAAUUGUAUAUCACUUUUCUUUUGGUCGAGAAAAAAUGAAUAAAAAUACGAGAUACAAUUAUGAUGUAUAUGGUAUAUAUGUAUUAAGCUGAACGUUAAUGGAUUCUAUUUACGUUCUAAGUAAUUAU